AUGGAACAACCGCGGGCCGUGAGGGCGCGGGAAGGUCCAGUGGCGGGCCCCGCGCAGCAACCGGUGAGUGCGGGAGGGCUGCGGCCCCUUUGUCCCCGCGCGGGCGCGGGCGGCCGGCCCCCGGCCUCAGUUUCCCCUUCUGCAGGAGGAGGGCUGGGACAAGCGGGCCUUGGAGCUCCCUUGUCGCCUCCUCCAGCCCCGGAAUCCUCCGUGCAACCUUGGAAGGGAACCCCUUUUUACAGAAGGGGAAACCGAGGCCGGGGAGGCGAGGUACCCCGCUGCCCCCUGGGCACCUGCCUGGAAGCCUUGGCGGGGAUGCAGAUGGCCAUUCGGGCUGACACCCCUCCCAUUUUACAGGUCGAGAAACUGAGGCCGGGGGAGCCGAAGCCACUGGCCAAGAACGCGCCCCCGAGACCACAGCCAGGCUCCUUCCUGCAGUGGUUUGAAGGCCGCUCCACUCUCAGGGCCUUGGGGCUGGUGACAGAGGCUGCUCCUUGCCCUGGGCUCCAGCAGGUGGUUAGGCGCAGCGUCUCAGCCCCUGUGCCCAUGGCAACCAUGGAUGGAGUUCCCCGUUUCCUCCUGGUGGUCCCUUAUCCUUCCAGCUACAGAGCCCAUCUUCCUCUGACUGCACUGGCCAAAAUUAAAUGUGGCUCCACUCCACCUCUGUCCCAGGAUGUCAGCAUCCAAAGAAAACUGGACUUUGAAACCCGGAUGCGAGAGGGAAUAUGCAAACUCCUUUCACUGAGUACUCAAAAAGACCAACUCCUGCGGGCAGCUAAAAAUCUGAUGGUCUGCAAUGCUCGAAUAGAAGCUUAUACCUAUGAGCUGCAGAAGCUGGAAGAGCACCUUAGAAACCGGGCCGAAAGACCACGAUGUAUGGAUUCAGAAAGUAAAGAGCGGAUGGCUUGUAAAGGAAAGAUUGCAAUAUCAGGUAUUCGAAUACCAUUAAUGUGGAAAGGCUCUGAUCAUUUCAGUUAUAAAGAAGGAUCACAGCGCUAUGCCAUUUUUUGUUUGUUCAAGAUGGGAGCUGAAAUUUUUGACACCGACAUGGUGAUUGUCGAUAAAACAAUCACUGACAUAUGUUUUGAAAAUGUAACUGUAUUUAAUGAAGCAGGGCCAGACUUUCAGGUAAAGGUAGAGGUCUACAGCUGCUGUACUGACGAGUCAUCUUUAGCAAACGCACCAAAAACACUUGCCAGGAGACUGAGAACAUCGUUCAGUAAAGCUACAGGGAAAAAAAUCAACUGUAUGCUUCAAGAUGACCUUGAAACUGAUUAUGACUUCAAACUAGCAAAAUUGGGCGUAAAGUACAGUUUGCUAGCUCAUGCUACUUUGACCCUGGAAAAUACCAAUGACGGCUUCAGGACCCAUACUCUUACUAUUACUGGAAAUGAAGAGUCAUCAUUUUGGCUUCCCUUGUAUGGCAACAUGUGCUGCCGAUUAGCUGCUCAGCCAGCUUGCAUGGCUGAAGACGCAUUCAAAGGAUUUCUUAAUCAGCAGCUAAUGGUCGAUGGCAUGAAUGUCUGGACACGGUUCUACUGUGUGCUGAGAGGUGGCCAACUCUUCUGCUAUUACAGCCCAGAAGAAAUUGAAGCUAAAAUAAAACCCACUGUGGUAGUGCCUUUUAACAAGGAAACCAGAAUCCGCGCAAUGGAUAAAGAUCCCAAGAAAAUAGCAAACCGCUUCUUCGUGAUCAACCUCAUGGCCGGUAAGGCGGUCACACAGACGUUCGCCGCCGAGAAUCUGGAAGAGCUCCACAAGUGGAUAGACGCCUUCAGACAGCACUUUUUUGACCUCAGCCAAUGGAAGCAUUGUUGUGAAGAACUUAUGAAAAUUGAGAUUAUGUCACCACGGAAACCACCUUUGUUCUUGACAAAAGAGGCGACCUCAGUCUACCAUGAUAUGAGCAUUGACUCCCCAGUGAAACUUGAGAGUUUAACUGAUAUAAUAAAGAAGAAAAUUGAAGAUACUGAUGGGCAGUUCCUCAUUGGUGAAAAAGAAUCACCGCCCCCAUGGGAUGCACUCUUUGAUGGGACUCAUCAGAUAGUCUUCCAGAAAAAUGUUGAGGUGUCUCAAACAGAUGGACAAUUAAGCAAAAAUGAUGAGAAGAGGAAAAAAAGGCAGGCACCUCUUCCUCCUUCAGAUAAGCCACCACAUAGUGUGAAAAGACAGACAGAGGCAGACCAGUUGGACAAGGAGAACGUCUGGGAGAAGACAAGCUUUGUGUCUCGGGCCUCCUCUUUUGAUACAUCAGUUACACAAACCUAUGGCUUCACCUCGUCAGCUGCUUCCCAGUGGAGAUAA